CUCCCGGCGCUACCUGUGCGAGCGCCGCGGGGCCGGGCGGGGGCCGGGAGGCGCUCCCAGCAUGGACUUUAACGGUGGGUUUGCGUCUUUGCCGUUCAGGAGCCUGCGGGAGGCGGCGGCGUCGGUGGGACGAGGGCCGGAUCCCGCGGGCAYCGCCGGAGGAAGGGGCAGCCCGGCGGCCGGGGAUCGUGCGCGGCGGGUCCACGCUUCCAGCAUGCCGCUCGCAGGGACACCGCCCCGCCGCGCCGRGUCCCAGACGUGAAACUGUGCUCUCCUGGGGACAAGGGGACAACCUGUUAGAGGCAGACGUGGUUCUGUGAAUUGCAGGCAUCCUUUCACCAUUGUUUUGUUUCCUUCAGUACUUAGAAAUGAACUUACCUUGGCAGGAAACACUUUGCCAGGCUGGYAAAGAGACUGCUUAGCCCUCACAUGCCAGAUUUCCUCAGAAGAAGCACAAAAAGAGAUGUUCUGUUCUUUGAAAAUAACAGGAGCCACUAGCAAUAAGCAGCAAACCUACAUCGAACAAGGGAACCACUUCCAGGUUAUCAAAACAUGCUGUUGAACUGAAUUUUGCAGCUGCAUUUUCCAAUGUACCAUGGGAUGCAUCAAAUCCAAGGCUGCCUUCCAAGGUUCCGGUGCUGUCCAGGAUGAGAGGAUCACGGGAGGUGGCGAAGGGUGCACGGGGGAGAAGUCGUCGCUGCUGGCGGUGCAGGUGGAGGAGAAGGGCCCGUCGAGCGCCAUCGUGCUGGACUACGCGCACCGGCUGUCGCGGGAGAUCCUGGAGCAGGCGGUCAAACAGUGGGCRGUGACCGAGAGCAAGUACAGUGACAUCCCCUUCAUUGAGAGCGACGUGCCCUGAGCCCUCAGCCUGUUCUGUCUGUGAGCGCUCUGUGCGUGGUACCAGCGCCCAUAAAGCACCUCAGCUGCCCUUUGAGCGUCUCUGCAUGGGGGUGUUGGCAGGGAGAGCCCGAGAAAAUUUGCCUUUGAACGUAGAUUGCUAAUGAACUAACUGGAUCCACAGUAGAACCUAUUCAUCAAGUGUCAUUUGUUGUCAGCCAUAUGUUGAGUAUACUGUCUUUGUAUAUGUUGGAUCUGACCAGAAAUUAGUGUUAAAAAGAUGAGAAGACUGUGGCUGCCCUACACCUGUAUAAGCACUGCCACAAAGGACAAAACAUGGAUUAUUUGUGUGUUCUGCAUAAAAGAUCAGUGGGCUGUUUGUAGGUGAGAGGAACUCUCUGUGCUUGGUGAAUUUGUCUGCAUUUUGCUGAAGUGAAACCAAGGUCUGCAUGUAGCAAAGGUAGCUGCUGUCAUCAAUUUUACUUUGGAUUCUGUGACCUAACUAAAUCUGUAAUAACACAAAAUGAUGAAGGUGAUGAGAAGMGCUUUGUAAACCCUAGCAGUAUUCAGGGAACCAUAUGGAUGAUGAUACUAUUCACCUUCCAUUGAUGUGAAUCAGUGAGAAACAUGACAGUGUUGAUAAGCAGUGCAUUAUCAUUAACAGAUGCUUCCAUAAAUGCAUGAAAGCUUGUAUCUAAAACCCUGCAGUAAGACAGGUUAAUGACAUCUGGUAGCUGUGUUCAGACCAAAGCUGGCUGCGUGUUUUGGUUUGGGUUUUUUUUAUUUUGUUUGGGGUUUCUUUCUGUGUUAGGGUGCUGGUUUGGGAGGACUUGGUUUUGUUGUUUUACUGUAACCCAGRGAAGUGUGCAAAAACUACUGAUGGUAACUAGUGAAAUGAACCUUCAAAGAUGUGACAGUGCUUUAGGAUGAUUUGUUUCAUGGGAACUGUGGCUGCAUUACACUGGAAGUCUUCUCUGAAGUACUACCCUUGAGCCAGGACAUCUUCCUUCAGCUUCCAUAGGCUGCUGCUUCCCGGUUGGAAAACCUGUUMAUGGCACUGCCAGGUGGAGCUAUGGGAGCACCAGCCCAGAGCAGUGCUUGGAAUGCAGAGUUAGGGACUGAGCCUUGGGCCCAGAGCUCCAGAGCUGCAUUCCUCUGGCUUGCAUCCACACUGCUCCCUGUUUGCCCAGGGCUCGCAGCCUGCCUCGCUGCACUCCCAGCUGGCAUUCCACACAUCAGGACACGGAUGAAUUACUCCUUUUCAUCCUAAAGGUACAAUGUUGCUGACGUUUUAUACAAAGUGAAGGCCUUGUAACAGCUUGGCUUAUACCACCUGUUUGUUCCUCUUUCUGUGAUGACCAGUUUAAAAGAAAUCAUUCUUUUUCCUAGAACAAAGUGCUUUCCAUUUUAUGUUUUCAUUUUAUAGAGAAAUGCUUUCCAUACUGGCAAAAGCUGCUACUAUUUUUAAAAGGUACAUGUAGUUCUAGUAAAUGAUACAAAGCAUGAUUUUUCAAGCAAAGGGAAGCAAGGCAGAAAGAGGACCAUAAGAAUUGCUAUUUUUAGCUUGUUCUCAGACAUAAGACAGUCUAUGAGCUGUUUUACCGAUGUUGUGACAGAAACUUAGAUAUUUGAAAUUCACCUAUAUGGGGACUUCGUAUAGGUGAAUUCAUAUGGCUUUUUCAGGAAUAAAGGAUGAAAAAUGCUUCUGUGUGACACAGCUCAAGGCUGCCAUUAAAUCCCAGCGACCAGACCGGAUUCCCAGUGACCUGCUAUUAAGGCUAUUCUCAGGCUUUUGCUGGAAAAGRGAACAAAAUCAGCUUAUGCUGUAAYGUCRUCCCCUUUGAAGUAAUGUAGUCAUCUUCAAAGCCAUUUGCAAAGUGGGACUAAGGCUUUAUGGUUCACUUAAAUUCUCCUGCUAGCAAUGACAUCCCUUCAAGUUCUACAGCAUAUAAAACAUUAGAUCAUACUCUGUUUGCUCUAAAAUACCCCAUAUAUUAGUGUGAGAUAGAAAGCAAAGCCAAAACACUGAUCAGGUCAGUACAUAUCAAUUGGAUAUUGCCUAAACACAGUAUUAAAAAAGAUUCCUAUUCUUAAUCUAGGUAAAAUAAAGAUCUAUUACAAAAAAAAAAAAAAAAAAAAAAAAAAAAAAAAAAAGGGAAAAAGGGCCAACCUUUCUAACAUGAGUCUGGACUCAAGAAUGUUAACUCUGCUAACCACAGUAAUGAAAUAAAAAACCAAAGCUCCAUAGCUAUUGUUGG